UUUUAAUUUUUUCUUUAUUUUAUUUUAAUUUGUAUUUAAUUUAUUUUUUUCUUCUCUCAGACCAAACAAGUCUUUAAAACCUCCUCAAUUGCUUCUCACACUCCUCUACCUUUUUCUCCCUCUCACUACUUUCCCUCUCUAAAAUUUUCCAAAAUCAACCAAAAUCUUCCCAGAAAAUAUGGAAUCACAAGUUUCAUCAAUGAGAAGGCCCUGUUUUAGGGAAGAAGAUAAUGGGUUGGCAUCAAUUGCUGGGUUUUCUGGUAGUACAAAUCAUGGGUAUCCCAUAUCAAAUCAUCAGAAUCAACCAUUUUUAUGUUACAAUAAUGUAAAUGGAGGUGGAAGUAUUAUGAUGAGAAGAAGAAAUAGUUUAAGAAACAUUUCUUCUCGUUCCCCCUUUUCUUCUCCUAGAUCUGGUCGUUUUUUCGAUGGUUCUGGAAGAUUCGAUGAGUUUCACUCUCCUCAAGCUCAUUUUCUAGAAGCUUGUUUUCUUUGUAACAAACCCCUUGGUGGAAAUCAUGAUAUCUUCAUGUACAGAGGGGAUACACCAUUUUGCAGUGAAGAGUGUAGACAAGAACAAAUAGAGAGUGAUGAAGCGAAGGAGAAGAAUAGGAAAAUGAAGGUUUUAAGAAGUAAAAAAGAUGCAAAGAAAUCUAUUCCCUCUGCUUCUUCUACAAAUUCUUCAUCUAGUAAAACCCAGAAUUACAAUUUACAUACGGGGACUGUUGCUGCUGCUUAGUGCUUAGUUUGGGAGGAAAAUUAAGGAAAAAUAAUUGAAAUUGGGAUGAAAAAAAAGGAAAAAGUGAGUAAUGGAAGAAGGAUUACCAUCAAAGGAAGAAAAAUGGAGGGUUAUUUUUCCUUUUUAAAAAUAAUUAUUGAGUUUUGAAUUUUGAAAUAUCUAAUUUUGGGGAGAAUAAUAUGACUAUAUGAUAAAUUUGUAUCAAAAAUAUAUAUUAACCAUAAAAAGAAAAAAAAAAAAACAGAGCACAGGAGAGUAUGAUAUGAUGUUCAUAUGAGUAUUUUGAAUGUGAGUUGGUGAUUUUGAUGGGUUUUUGGCCAUUAAAAACUCGAUGAAUGGCUCUUUUUAUUCACCUCUUAAUUAGUAAUUUUGGAUCAAUAUUUUUUUUCUGGGUUUUUUUUCACUCCAUAAUAUGAUAUGAUGUUGUGUAACCUUGCAUAUUAAAUGAAGAUUAGUCAUUAUACAA